UUCUUUUUUUCAAAAAUGAGGACAAAAUUGAGAAUAAUAAAAAGGAAGGGUAAGAAGAAAAGAGAAAAAGGCUGCACUAACAAUCAUUUCAAAUCCCCAUUUCAAUUUUUCACCUCUCUUUCUCUCUCCUUCGAUUCCUUCUCUCUAUCAUCAUCAUCUUCUUCUUCUUCUUCUUCUUCUUCCUCUUCCUCUUCCUCUGUUUUUAUUUCUCAUUCGAAUUUCACUCUCAGCUUCUCUAUUCAGAGAGAGCGAAAAGAGAUGUUGAAUCCGGCCAACGAUCUGUUACCGCCGCCGUCUUCUCCCACCAAUUCAUCCAUUUCCUCCUCCGAUCUCGACACUGAGUCUACGGGUUCGUUCUUCCAUGACCGGAGUACGAGCUUAGGGACUCUAAUGGGGGUCAGCUUCCCGGCGAUUACUUUCCGAGUCCCUUCCCAGAACAGAGAUCAACACACCGCCGCAACGGUCACCGCAGGCGGAGGUUCUCGUAAGAGUAAGAAGACAAAGAGGAAAACGACGAUGGCACCGGCGCUGGUUGCAGAUCGGAAACGGCGGUGGUGGAGACUAUGUAGGGAUGACGGCGUCAAGCCGGCGUCUUUAGGCGAGUUUCUUGAAGUGGAACGGAGAUUUGGGGAUGGUGCCUUCUACGGCAACGCGGUGGAUCUGGAAGGCGUGGUUGCGGCGGAUCAACAGAGGAAUGGUCGUUCUUUAUUCGCCGAUGGAAGAGUUCUUCCACCCGCGCAAACGGAGGAAGACACGUCGGGGGCCGCCACUUUAUGCCGAUUUUCUGUAUCACUGACCGGAAUUUGUAGCGGCGGUGCCGGUUAACGGGAUUUGAUUUGUUCAGCAUAUUUAAAAUAUUAUAUUAUAUUUAAUUAAUCAAAUGCUUUUAAUUAAUGUGGAAGAAAAAAAGAAAAAAAAAAUGUCACCUUUAUUUGUGUAGGUGACCCCUCUUUCUUUUUCUUUAUUUUUUCUUUUAAUUUCCUUUAAUCA